CAAUGUUGUAACACUUGCGCCUCAUUGGAUGGAAAACAAGUAAAAUACUCUGUAGUGUUUGCCAGGUGUUGUUUUGGAUGGUUAUUGUGCUCUUUCACAAGAAUGGGAUGUUGGGAAAAAAGUAGCUCCCCACUUGUGUGUCAAUGACACUGCUAUGACCAAAAUUUGCAUUCUAUUUACGAGGCUAUAUUUCUUAUAAAUAAUUGUCAUUUUUGUCCACAUUCUUUGUUGUUUGCAAUUAGCCAGUGUUAGCAUCGCUGUUACCUACUGUACAUAAGGGGCUAACUCCGAGUUAGCUCCAGGUUGUUAUCAGGCGAGAAAAACAAGCAAAGAAAAACAAACAUGUCGUCGUCGUCGCUCUUUCUAACCACAGCUGCUCGAACGCACAUUUUCUAGGGACCAAGGGUUGACUUUGCGGAUGUUUGGAGGCUAUUUUAUGUCGGGCAAACACUUGCAUUUUGUCACGGGUUCCGUGAACGCCUGCUAGCUGACAGACAACAAAUGAGGGCUAUGCUAACUAAUAUUUUGGGUUCGUGUGAGCCCAUCGAUAUGUUAUAUGACGAUAUAACUGUCUUCUUCUUUUCCUCCACUGAUUUAUUUUUUAAUGGUUAACAGAUUUAUGUAAAGAUGUCGCCGCAGGUUCUUAAAUUGUGACUUUUUAUCCUUCAGCAAUUUGUAACGUCCCACAAUGGUUAUAUUUGUUUACAGUCUUUCUGGGGGAAAAUUUGUUAAAAGAGAUUUUUACAUGGACGUAUAUUUCCAUUUUUUUCCGCGUUGGGGUGAAAUUAAGUUUUUUUUUUCUUUUUUUUCUCGGGCAACGGAGCUCAAUUGUUUUGUUUUUGUCCUGCAGCGAGACGCCGCUCUCUGAUUGGUCAGCCUGUUACCAUCCGGAACAUGGCAGAGGGUGGGGCUUCACGCACAUCGAAUUCACAGCUGAUGAGAGGAACAACAACGUGUCGGAACAGGCCCCGCAAGACUGGAGCUUUUUUUUCGUUUGCUCCUCCAGAACUCAGUGACGUCAGCAUCGAGAGCAAGCACGAGGUCACCAUCCUGAGUGGACUCAAUGAGUUUGUGGUCAAGUUCCAUGGACCCGCCGGAUCACCUUACGAAGGAGGCGUGUGGAAGGUCAGAGUGGAUCUACCAGACAAAUACCCCUUCAAAUCCCCAUCAAUAGGUUUCAUGAACAAAAUAUUUCAUCCCAACAUUGAUGAAGCGUCAGGAACAGUAUGUUUGGACGUCAUUAACCAGACGUGGACGGCACUCUACGACCUCACCAACAUCUUUGAGUCCUUCCUGCCCCAGCUGCUCGCCUACCCCAACCCCAUCGAUCCUCUGAACGGGGACGCCGCCGCCAUGUACCUUCACCGACCGGAGGAUUACAAACACAAGAUCAAAGAGUACAUCCAGAAGUACGCCACAGAGGAGGCGCUAAAGGAGCAGGAGGAGGGCGGCGGCGAAUCCUCCUCUGAGAGCUCCAUGUCAGACUUUUCUGAGGACGAGGCUCAGGACAUGGAGUUGUAGUUCUUACUUAAACCAGACUUAUUUUUUUACACCAAGAUUUUUAUGGUUACAUGGACCCGUGUCACACCUGGCUCCAGGUUUUAUCGUUGAGAGUCCAGACUGAGAAGGCUGGAAGAAACCAUGCGGAUUCCCCUUUUUUUCCUAAUCUUCCAUUUGGAACUGGAGGACCUGCAGACGCAGUGAAAAAGUUGCAGUCUGAGUGUUUGAAUGUAAUCCUGACGAUCAGCGGGAAUCAGAGGAGACGCUCUCCGUUCUCCCGACAUCCCGUUCCUCCUCUCCGUUUUAGGAAAGUCAUUGUCAUUCUCUUGAGUGUCUUUUGUGUAUUGGUGUGGCAUGACGCAGAGUUCAAGUUGCGUAAGGUUUGUGGGGGGUGGGAGGACACCUGGUUCUGGCCGGACAUUGGACUCGGAUCUCAUGAGAAUUUAGUUGGAUUUUAUAUUUUUUUUAUUUUCUAAAGCGCUGAAAAUGUUUUGGUGUUUUUUUUUAAACAAAUUGUUAUGCGGUUAGCUAGCUAACUUGUUCGUUAGUCGGCUAGCAAGCUAGACGGUUGGCAAGCUCGCUGGUUUGUUUGAUCACAAGUUGAUAGUUACUGACAGUCAAAGCUCACUAGUAUGUAGUUAUCAAGCAAGCUUGCAACUUGGUUAGCAAGCUAGCUGGUUAUUUUUGUGGCCGAAGUUCAGUCAGUAAGAUAGCUAGCUUAUUAGCGAGCUAGUUGUUUGGUUAGGUUGCAAGUUGAUACUGUAUUUUGUUUAUCAGCAAACUAGUGAGCUAUUAAUUCUCAAGCUGGGUAGCUAGCUACUUUGUUAGCAAGCUAGUUGGUUAGCAAACUAGCUAACUGGAUAAUGAGCCCGUUAGGUAGCAUGUUCAUCCUUCGUCAGCAAGACAGAUUAGUUUGCCAACAAGCUAGCUGGUUAGUUAGUAGUUAGCUCGCUAGUUUGUUAGUCAGUCAGUGAGCAAGGUAGAUUAUCAAGAUCGUUGGUUAGUUAGGUAUCUAGUUGUUAGCAAGCUAGCACAUGGACAGCUAAUCAGGUAGAAAUCUAGCUUGCUAUAUGGUUGGCAAGGCAGCUUGCUAGUUGGUUAGCAAGCUAGUUAGUGUUAGCAGGAUUACGCCAGUUAACUAACCUAUUUCCAUUUAAAAAAUCCAUCUUCCAUAAGCCAGUUUAUGGUUUUAAUUUAAAUUGUGUUAACAAAAUACAGCCAUACCUAUUUGUUAAAUAAAUAAAUAUGCUGCAACCCUUUUGAAAUGAUGGCAAAAUAUUAGAUUUCUGUAGCAAUUCUAGCAUAUUCAGCGUAGCAUGUCGGCCACGUUGAGGUACGACUGGCCUUUUAUUUAGCAGUGUUUCCUUUGUGAUGAAGUGAAAUCAGAGCAUUGAAUGAGGCAUUAUUUUUUGGUACACUUUCCAGUUCAAUUCUCAUGAGAACCGGUCAGCCGAGGCAUUGUGGGUGGGUCCUUGUUUCGUUGUUGCCUAGUGCUUGUACCGAACUGUGCUAGUUGUUUGACUUGCGUAGGGAUAGCUUUUGUUUCUUUUCUUGCAGGUGGUGAAUCCUAACGUCGGUUUUAUAUAACACACUUGUACAUGUUUGGGUUCCUGUGAAGACGACGAGAAGUAGGACUUGACUCUUGUUUCAAUCACAUCUUAUAUGCAAAUUGUAAAAUGUUACGUUGUCCAACUGAAGUGCUCUUUUAUUUCCCCCACCAGGCAGUCAACAUUCCAACAAACCUUCUUUUGGUCACUUACUUUUUCUAAAGGCUUGUUGCAGCAGGACCACAAGUCAUGUAGAAUUGCACUCAGAAAAGUUAGUUUAUACUAAAGUUAAAUGCAGUGCAUUACAUUCACUGUUCUGUGUUUGAGUGCAGCUUUUGUUUGAUUAAUGAAAGGGAAACACACAAGCAUUCUCAAUCAAAGUUUACAAUGAAUUCUUUUGAGACUAAAGCUGCGCUUGGUGCUAGUGUGUGGCGUACUUCAAAUGACCAACAUGGCAACAACGAUAAUACCGCCACCUAUCAUCUCCACAAUUACUGAGUCUGCAGAUUGACCAAACCUGGUGUUGAGCACACAAAUGAGUUUUUGUGAUGGGAAAUAUUGAACAGGUUUAACAAUUAUGACUGAGCACCAACCUUUUUCGGAGCAGAGGCGUAGGAAAAUGACUUUUUAACACACCCCACCCCACAAGAUAAUCUCUCAGGAUAAUCUUUUUCGCGGCGUCCGAUAAUUGGGAUUUUGCUGACUUUGAUCAGAAGAAGCGAAAAAUUUGGCCGGAUUAUCCGUAUGCGUGUACCUGGCAUUAGUAGUUGUGAUGAAUUGCUCUCAAUAAGACCUGACUCAUCAGUGUAUUUCUUUUUUUGUAAACGACACAGAAUAUUUUAUACCUACUGUUUUAAUUUCCUCUGUCUUUUAAAAUCCUUUGUUCAGGAUACAAGCUAUUAAAUUUUUUGUUCUUUUAAAAAAAAAGGAAAGAGUUAAAUGUGCUUACGUUUGUAACUUCAAAGAAAUAAACAAACAAAUAUAAUCAUA